GCCGUCUGCUGUCCACUACGGUACACACAAAUUAUGUCUAAAAAGUUCUGCUUCCUGCUGGUGAGCAUUUGUUGGAUCACUGGGUUUCUCUGGUACAUUGCCCCAGUGUCCUUGAUCUCCAGGUUGUCCUUUUGUGGCUCAAACAUCAUUGAUCACUUUGUGUGCGAUUCUGGACAACUCCUAGCCUUGGGCUGUCACCCACCAGCAUACCUUCCUCUCUUCUGCUACAUUGUAACAUCUUCUGUAGUUCUGGCCACCUUUCUCUUCAUUAUGGUCUCCUAUGCAGGGAUAGUUUUCACCCUGGUGAAAACAUCCAGAAAAAGCUCUAGCUUAAAGGGCUUUUCCACCAUGUCUUCUCAUCUAGCAGUGGUGGCCAUCUUUUAUGGCUCUGUGGUUGCUAUGUAUAUAGGACACAAUGGAGAAAGCCAUACUGAAAACACAAAACUGAUGACACUUUUUUAUUCUUCCAUUGCCCCUCUGCUUAACCCUUUAAUCUACUGUCUCCGAAAUGAUCAGGUGAAGGAAGCUUUGAUCAGGUUGUUGAGAAAGAAGAGGGUGGCAUAG